AUGGCGUCUAGACUGGCCAGGAGUGCUGCUGGAGCCAGCAAACUCCGCGCAUCGACUUCUUUCCCAAUUCGCGCCCUCCCAUCUCUCGCUGCCAGCACGCCCUUGACCUCCAUCCGUCACCAGUCCUCCUCGAACGUGCCCUCGCAAGAUCCAAAAAAGACAGCUCAGUCUAUUGUCGACGCCCUCCCCGGGUCCUCCAUCGCUAGCAAAACUGCCAUUCUCUCCGCCGGCGCUGGAAUCUCCAUUUGGGCAAUCAGCAAUGAGCUCUACGUCGUGAACGAGGAGAGCGUCAUCGCUUUCUGUCUGCUGUCCGUCUUCUACGGCAUCUUCAAAUACACAGGGCCCAUGUACAAGGACUGGGCGGAUGGUCAGGUGCAGAAAAUCAAGGAUUUGUUGAACGAGGCCAGGACGAGUCACGCCAGUGCCAUUAAAGAACGAAUCGAGGAUGUCAAGCCCUUGAGCAACGUGGUUGAGAUUACGAAGCAGCUGUUUGAUGUUUCCAAGGAAACCGCGAAACUCGAAGCCCAGGCCUUCGAACUUGAGCAAAAAACCGCCCUGGCUGCCGAAGCCAAGAACGUCCUAGACAGCUGGGUCCGUUAUGAGGGCCAGGUCAAGCAGCGGCAGCAGAAGGAAUUAGCCGACAGCAUCAUCGCCAAGGUCACAAAAGAGCUCGAGAACCCCAAGGUGCUGCAGCAGAUUUUGAACCAGUCGGUGGCGGAUAUUGAGAAGUUGGUAGCUAGCAAGAGCCAGUAG